GCACUGAGGCAAGAUGGCGACCGAGGGUCAGAGCGAGUACGAGUCCGUCCUCUGUGUCAAGCCCGAAGUCAACGUGUACCGGAUCCCGCCGAGGGCAUCGAACCGGGCCAUCAGGGCUGCCGAUUGGAAGCUGGACGCCCCCGACUGGACGGGACGCAUGCGUGUGACGGCCCGCGGCAAACUGGCCUUCGUGAAACUGGAAGACAAAAUCUCUGGGGAAUUGUUUGCCCAGGCACCAGUGGAGGAGUUCCCUGGCCUCACAGUGGAAACAGUCAGUGACUCAAGUCGUUACUUCGUGCUCCGCAUCCAAGACGACAACGGCCGCAGUGCGUUCAUAGGCAUCGGGUUCGGAGACCGAGGCGACGCCUUUGACUUUAACGUUGCACUUCAGGACCACUUUAAGUGGGUGAAACAGGAAGAUGAAUUCACCAAGCAGGCGCAGGCUCCAGACACCACUCCCAAACUGGACCUGGGCUUCAAAGAGGGACAGACCAUUACUCUCAAUAUUGGGCAAUCCAAAAAAAGGGACAGGGCUCGUCCGCAGAGUUCCGGCGGCUUCGGGCUCCUUCCACCUCCACCCGGGGGAAAGCUAGCGCCGCCCCCUACACCGAAAUCCACCAAUCACAACACAGAAGAGUCUGCAGGACUAGGUGACGAUGGUUUCUUGCUCGACCUGGACUCCAGUAACUUCAACUCAGUGGCUCCACCCAACCCGACCUCCACAUCCAGCGCUGACUUGUGGGGAGACUUUGACUCCGUAUCCCCGAAGUGAGGAGAUAUUCCCUCUUUCUUUCCUCCCUCUUACUGUAACGCUUUGUAAAUUUAUGCAGCAGUUUUUUGCAACUUCGUUUUCCCCCGUUAUUUGGGGGUAACCCCUACGUCCGUCUUUAUUUCCAUUCAGUUUCUCAAAGCGUUGGUUUAGCCUGAGAUGCACCCGGACCUCAAAGCACAUUUAGACGAUCGGUCACCUUGCAAACAACUUCCAUCGGUUUGGUUGGGGUUCGUGUUUCCUCGCUCUGUCUGUGUGUUCAGUCCCGCUCUCUAGUUUCAUUUAGAUUUCUGCCUUUGCCCUUUUCCUAACAGUGUUUUAUUUGCUAAUUUCUAUGGUAAAGUAUACACAAUAGAAAUAAGAUGAAGGGAGACAUAAUCAGAAAAAGAUCUGAUAAUGAAUACUAAUAAAAUACAAUAAUGAAUGAAUUUUAUGUACAGAGAUAAUUUAUUUUAAAUGUAUAUAUUGUCGGUAGUUGUAAGUAAUGCCAUUUGUGUCGUCAACUGUCUGUAGUGUAGCUUCUCAUCAAGUCUCCCGCAGUGGGACUGACUAUAUGCACUGACUGACAGUCCGGCCUGUCCCGGUAGUUACUAAUGUAUAGUCCAUAUUAAAGGCAGGGAAUUAUCUAAUAAUAGACUUAGCUUAUUGUGAAGUUUACCACUAAAUGAUUUUACUUGAAGGAAACCUGAGUAGAUGUGCUCUCUAGCACUCUCUGGUGGGCCUGUCUGGAGAAGACGCAGCUUCUGAUCAUUUCACUGGAGAUGGGUUUUGUGUGAAUGGUUUUAUCUGUAAAAUCAGCACAGAGAGAAACGGGAAGUGGAGAUGUCGGCUGCGGCCGGGUCUCAGCAAAGGAAAAGGAGGCAUCAAGUGCUUUUAUCUUUGCCUCAAGCUGUAACAGAGAUGAUUUAGUCCAUGUUAUGUCAUCUCCACUCGGCACAGCUGUUAAAGCUGUGACUGGUGAGUCAUCCGUGUCACGACCUCUUUCCUCCUCAAUGAAUAGGUCUGUGUUUCAGCGCUGCCCCGAAGGGCUUCACCUCCUUCAUUCUCCAUGAGAAGGGGAGCAGGUCGUUCAGCAUGUUGCUCUGUACAAACAAGAUUCAACUUCAGCCCCCGGGAUCAGAUCUAAUGCUAUCGAUGCUUCUCUGAUGCAGACAAAUGCAACGUGGGACCAAGUCAGUCGGUGUUCGAUGCCGUGUUUUGUUGUGAUAUUGUUGUGUAUCAAGAGAUUGGAUCAUGUUACACUGAUAUCACACCCACACACACGUGUUGUGACAGGUGUGCAGUGACCAGUGGUGUGACGAUGGCUGUUGACAGGAGCGCACAGAGAGUGUGUGAGUGUGAAGCCCUAACAGUGUUUGUCAGUGUUUGUUUACUGUUCAGAUUAUAUGCAUUUCUUCCAAACGUUACUUGUUAUUCAAACUGUAUAUGUGUAUGGAGAUGUAUAUGGAAUUGAAUAUUCAAAGAAAAACAUAAAGGUAUCACUUAUUGACCAUAA